AAUAGUGUAUAAAAUCUCCUUUUGAGGAAAAUGAAAAUUUGAUAUUAUUCUCCCCUGGUUUAAAACACCUUCCUCGUCUUUAAUCUUUUAACAUAAGUUUUUGUUUUUCAUGUAAUUUUCCAUCUCAAAUUUCCAUAAUAAUGGCGUAACCCUAAAAAUUAAAACAUAACGUUCGCCCCUAAUUUUUUUAACGUUCCUUCCAAUAAAGGCGCGAGCUUUUCUCUAUUUAAUUCCAACCCACAUUUCCUCUUUCGUAUUAAUUUUAAUUUUUUAUUCACAAUUUGGGUUUGUACUACUAUAUAAUUCUUUGUAAAGAUUGUACAUUUUGGGAAGAGAGAGAGAAAAAAAUAAAAAUGGCGUCGAAUAUAGGGAUGAUGGACAGUGCAUAUUUUGUGGGCAGAAAUGAGAUUUUGCAAUGGAUCAAUAAUCGUCUUCAACUCAAUCUUUCUAAAAUUGAAGAGGCUGCAUCUGGUGCAGUGCAAUGUCAAAUGAUGGAUAUGACUUUUCCAGGAGUUGUUCCCAUGCACAAGGUAAACUUUGAUGCCAAGACAGAAUAUGAUUUCAUUCAGAACUAUAAGGUCUUGCAAGAUGUUUUCAGUAAGCUGAAAAUUGAUAAGCAUAUUGAAGUUAACAAGCUAGUGAAAGCUCGACCUUUAGACAACCUGGAGCUUUUGCAGUGGUUGAAACGCUAUUGUGAUUCAAUCAAUGGUGGAAUUAUGAACGAGAACUAUGACCCUGUGGAACGAAGAUGUAAGGGUGGUAAAGAUCGAUCUUCUCGGACCACGCAGAAGAAUUCGAAGUCCAUGCAGGCAAAUAUUAUGCAAAAUUGUGGUUCCGAUGAUAGAGUUGGUCCUAGGAAAACACCUGACCUCAAACAAGAAAAAGUACAUUCCCCUAAUGGUGGGGUUGACUGUACAGAGGAAAUUCAGGUUUUGUCCCAGGAGAUUACUGAUCUAAAGCUUUCUGUAGACUUACUGGGAAAAGAAAGAGACUUCUACUUCGGGAAAUUGAGGGAUGUUGAAAUCCUUUGUCAGGCUUCUAGUGUGCCGAUGGCUGUUGCGAUCAAGAAGAUACUAUAUGCUGCUGACGAGAAGGAAUCUGCGCUCUCCGAAGCUCAGCAAGUUCUGUCAGAAUCCCUUGAUUCUGAUGUAGUUGAUCCUGAGGAGGAGAAGAGUGUAGAUUGAUGUGUUACAGACUCUGGAUCAUAAACACAGGUCAGUUUCUCCAGUGAAACAAGAGAACUGAAGACCAAGCCAUGUUUUAUGGUUUCCUUAUCACAAGUCAUAACCAUGUACGCAUCAGUGAUAAACGUACAUAGCAAUGGAACAUUAGUUUUCUCAUAAGGAAGUUCUGUUGUUUAGUUGUAUUUGAUAAGUUUAUUCUCCUGGCUUCUUCGCUUGCUGGAAA